AUGGGCGAUCCGCAGGUGACCGACUCUCCUCCCACGUCCAUCAACACGCGCACCUCCCCGUCCACCACCACGCGGACCCCCAAGUCGACCAUCAAGCGGACCUCGAAUGCGCAUACGCAUCCCGUCGUCUACUCGCGCGACUUUGCCUAUGCAGACAACGGCCCCAUUGUCGUCGUGCCCACGCGCAUGGUGCGGACCGACAUCUUGACAGCCAGCGCGAAGACCUUCGCCGAGUACGUCGCGCCCUGACCCUCCCACCCGCCCACCCAUGCACCUCCUGCCUGUAUAAGACAUGAGUGAAUCCCUGUAUUGGAGCUCACGGGCUCGUGUUCGGCUGUUAUCACUGGGAGGAAGAAGUCCAAGCUAUCAGGACGCCGUGAGCGAUGAGGCUGAGAACUUGCGCAAAAGGUUACUCUCGGGACCGACGGUCGAUAUAUUCGUAGGACGUGAGCGAAGGCAAUGGAGUCUCCAUCGAAACCUGCUGUGCCACCAUUCCUCCUACUUCGAGACUGAACUGUAUGGCCAUCACGAUGCGCCGGGAAAGAGGUCGCUGAGAGACAACACGCUCGAGCUACCAGAUGACGACCCAGUCGGCUUCGAGCUUCUGGUCAAAUGGCUGUACCAAGGGCAGCUGGAGGAUACCUCGCAACUGUCGGAUGUAGCAAAGUACGAGUACGCCGUGGCUUGCCACAAGCUGCAUCUGCUCUGCGACAAGUUCAACAUGGUUCGGUUGAAGAACAUUGCGAUGGAUCAAUACCGCCAGUGUCUGCACGAAUCGCAGCUAGUUCCGGAUGCUGAAGAGAUUGACGACAUCUACGGCGCUUCACCCAUCGACUCUCCAUUCCGAUCGCUCAUGAUCAAGAUCGCCGCCAGACAGGUCAUGGACCCGGAUGUUGAUCGAGACGCAGACGCAUACCGGAGGUGCUUCGAAAACAGCUCAGAUUUUGCAGUCGAGAUGAUCAACGCCAUUCGACACAUGUCCGGCGGCAUCUUGUUCGAAGACCCAACCUGCGCCGACCAGUGCACUUAUCAUGACCACAGUGAUGUCUCCGGCUGUCAGACUGAAGGCAAAGGCAAAGGCAAGAGCAGGGCUCCGCGUAGAGUUGCACAUCAAGCUACCGCAGGAGCAACCAAGGGGCAAGGUUAGAUGCCCUGAGCAAUGGCUUUCAGUGUCAUAUCGAGAUUGCUCAUGCUUUCAAGGUCCAUCCACCAUCCAGGCACAGCGAGGGAAGGAUUACGUUCUGGGUCCAAUGAUCGCCGAGCUGCCUGCGGAGAAGCCAACGCCAAAGAAAUUGAGCUCCGCUCGCUCUUCGCCAACAGCAGCUCGGGCUGUGGAGUCGCAUUCGCCUAUCCCAAGGCGGAAGACGCCAAGCUCCCGAACGAAACGACCACCCGCUAAUCAGAGCGUAGCCAGACAGCCUCUCCAUCGUGCGAACGGGACAGAUGGGCUGGACUCCCAACUGCAUCUCGUAGCAAGAGAUGUUCCGCAGAAAUUGGAAAGCAGGAAGCACCCGGAUCAUAUUCAGGUUACUGCGUCGGUGCAGGGGCCUCGGACGGCAAGAAACGUGCCUCUCUUAUACCUGACAGGACCGAGCGAUUCUCCUUUCGACGCUGCCGAGCAGCCUUAUUCUGCGCACGAAAAGGGCCCGCUACAAAUGCGAGCGCCAAAGUCGAUUGAUAACUCGGAAAAUCCCCACGAAAACUCGCCCCUGGCGGUGAGAGACGGGAGUAGGGUGGCCCAGACCGGUAUCAGCGGUGUUGGGACACAUCCCAGCUUGAUAUUGCCUACUAUCGGACAGGAGAAUCAAUCGGUCGGGGCGGCCGAGAAAGGACACGAGCUUACAGUAGAGCACGUGAGGCUCAUUCCACGGCAGGUACGGCCUCGGCCUCGCCACGGUGUGCAUGCUCUGCAAACACGCUCGACCGCCGGCGCUGGUGUCGACAGCCACAGUGCAGCCUCCAGCGGCUCGCGGAAGCGGAAGCUCGAAGAUCGCACGCCGCGGAUACAGAAGCGGGCUAUUAUCAAUGGCAGCAAGGAUCUCCGAGCUGUCACUACGCCAUGCGGAUAUGACGAAGUUCAGAGACGCGUCUAUUCACGUUCAAGUGCUGGGAAAUCUAGUGCUGCUACCAGUCAAGCCGGCAGUCCAUCCGUCAGUGUUGCCAGUGGAGGCCCAAGAAAGCUGAGUCGUAUUAGUAGUGUGAAGAAGCAGUCCAUUGGGUCGACUGGCUCAGUCAGCGUGGUCGAUUCCAGAAGGGUAGUUGGAACAGAACAGAAACGACGGCCGCAAAAACUGCGACGGGGCUCUGCUCAGAUCAGAAAUGGAGUACCAUAG